UUCGAUCACACAAGCAAAAAAACUCAAUCACCAUGGGCUGUGGCGGCAGUAAACUCAGUGCGGACUUGCUCCCCGGUGGCUCGCAGCACCAGACGCGGUUGCUGUACCGCAAUACGUGGCGUGUGGACGCUGCUAACCGCAUCUUCGGCGCCUGCUACGACGGCAACACCGUUGUGAUUAUCAAUCCGGGCCGUAGUCCCGUGAAGCCCUACAUUCGCGUACCCGAAGGUACCUACGCUCUCGUACAGCAUCAAGGACGUGACGUGGACUACGUCAAGCCUGACGGUAGUCGCACACCCGUGUGGCCUCCGGGUAUGCACUUCGCGUCGGUCUUCACCAAGGUGGCCCACCUCGUCACCAAGCAGUACAUUGUGUUCGACACGCCCGUUAAGGGCUGCAAGACCGCAGACAACGUGACCGUCGGCAUCGACAUGUGUCUGAUCCUCCGAAUCAUGGGGGACGAGUCCAAGGGCGAGGACCCCGAACUUGUUCGGCGCUUCGUGUACGAAUUAGGCCCCAACGGACUCGAAGUGCAGUUGCGAGCUGCACAAGACGAAGCUGUACGAGCGUUGGCUCGCAGUGUCGAGCACACAGAAGUGUACCAGCUUCGCGACGGCACUAUGCGCGAGCGAUUCAAGACUGGGGCGCUUAAUUUCCGCACGAACCGACCCGUUAACGACGAGUUCCACUCGCCCAAGAUGAAGGAAACUGGUGACAAUCCACCCGAAGACAAAGUGAUGUAUUGCGUCACUGAAGACAUAAAACGGAGCUUGAACGAUCAGUUCAACACGUACGGCGUGCAGAUCACCAGUGUUGCAAUCACCAACGUCACUCUUCCCCCCGAGUUCCAGAGGCAGAUGGAGAGCCGCACGACGCAUCUAAGUGCCAUCAAGGAGCAGAACAUGAAGCAGAUGAGUGACAUGCAAAUGCUGCAGUACAAGGAGGAGAUUGACACGACCAAACUUAAGCGCAGAAUGAUGUUCAUGGAGGAGGAACAGACGGGCAAAGCCAAAUGUGCCGAGAUCCGCAAGGGGAUCGAUCUCAUCAACGCGCAGACGAAACUCGCAGACGAAGAGAUCAACCAGAAGACGGCUGUUAUCUGCAAUAACCGAGACGUCGAAGCAGCCCUGAAAAUCGCUGAGAUUGAGGCCGAGACUGUUCGUAUCGCAGCGGAGAUCAACGCCCACUGUGAUGCCGAUAUCGGUCUCAUUAACGCGGAGAAGGCAGCACUGCAAAUGCAGCUGGAGGCAACAACCGAAGAGGUUCGUGUGGCCUCCGAGUCGAAGGCAGCGGAGAUCGUCGCUCGCGCUGAAGGAGCUGCUGUGAAAAAACUGGAGAAGUACCGAGAACAUGUGAUCGAAAUGAAGAAGCUGGAUAUGCUCGGCUCGCUCGCUAAGAACAAGAAGACUGUGGUGUCAGGUGACACGUCCAACAGUCUUUUGUCGGAGGUCCUGGUGGCAAAUCGUCAAGGCAACGUAAUGCUCAACAUCGACGGAGUGAUGAGUAAGGCAGGCGGUGGUGGCUUCGUCUAACCACAGGAUUGAUGAGAUUAACAGCUGAGUUGAUCAUCAACUCUACCGAAUGAAGGUAGACGCCGACCUAUUGGUGCACAAUUUUUUUUACAUCUUAGUGCCAUUUAUAAUAGUAAACAAGCAGCCACUCUA